UAAAAACUUUUAGAAUUUAUGUAAACAAAACAAAAAAAAAACAAGUCCGACAAACAAUUUGUUCAUGUUUUUUUUUCUUGUUUACAAUAUGAAAAAAAUCGAACGUUUAGAAAAGAUGGAAAAAAAUUGGCUCCAAACUUUACCAAUUUACCAAUUUUAGUCAGCCGCCACCGCCAACAGCAACAGCAACAACAACAAAGUUUCCAAUGUCGAUAUAUAUUGCAUUGCAAUAAUAACUCUUUCACAAUUUUCACUUGAUUGAGCACACAGACACACGAUUAUUAUCAUCAUCAUUAUCAUCAUCAUCAUCAUCAUCAUCAUCACAUGAACCAAACCAACCAAUUGCAAUUGGAUAAUGAAUUCAUGGGAAUGUAUUUUGUAAUACUGAUAAUGAUUUCCAUGAAUAAAUGUAAACAAAAGUCAUUAAUCAGUCAUUUAAAUAUCUAAGGAAUUCCAAUUUAAAUAAAAUGAUAAUUUUUACAUGAGAAUUUAGACAAAAUAUUUUUAAAUUAACCGCUGUGUAAAUCGAUUGGUGGUUCCAUUGAAUUUAAAAAAAAAAUCAUUCGAAUUCUCUUCAUAUAUGACGUAACCGAAUUUAUAAUAUGAAACGUUAUAUAGCAAUAUUCAAUAUGCAUGAUGAUCUUUGUCCGUUGUUCAAUGUGUUUGUGUUUGUGUUUGUGUGUGUGUAAAACUUCUCACUCAUGUAUUUGUUUCGUUUACUUUGAUCAACGGUUUUUUUUCUAAAUGCUUUAGAUUUCGUAUAUAUAUAACAACAUAUAAUUUCAAUUUCAAUGGUAGUGUGCCACAAACAACCAAACACCGGCAACGAGUCAAAAAUGAUGGCUUCAUCAACAAUUUCAUUCAAUUCAAAUCAUCAUUCAGAUGAUCAAUUUGUUUUAAUUGCAAAAAAUAUUCAAGAUUCAUCAUUACGUGAUGUUCCAAAUUAUGGCAAUAGCAGCAAUACUAAUAAUAUGAUCUCAAAUUCAGUUCACAAUCAUCAUAAUGUUCAUGUUUCAAAUUUAUCAUCAAAUAUGAACAAUAACAAGCCAUCACAACAAGUUUCAUCCCGUCCAUCUACAACAAAUUCAAAUACACAACAACAAAUGAUGAUUAGUCCGACAAUGAAUAGUGGUAAAAGUCGACCAAAUCGCAGUAAACAUUCGAAUCUUCGUGAUCAUCGAUCUAAAUUGCGCCGUACCCAACAACAACAACAAUUGAAUUCAAUUAAUCAACUAAAAGAAUUGGUAUCGAUUGAUCUGUUUUUCAGUGGCUAUUUUGAUCCUGAUAAUGGUCCUGAUAAUCAAAUUGAUAAAAAAUUGAAUCAAUUUGAUGAUUUUUAUAUUAGUCGUACUGUUUUUCCAAGCAUUUUUUGCCAAAGUUGCGAAACCGUAAUGCCAUUAUCGCAAAUUCCAUCUCAUCUUAUUUCACAUUAUUGUCAUGCUUUGAAUAUGUAUGAAAAUGAUUUUUGUCGUCACUGUUGUCGAUCAUUCGAUACAAAUGAAGAACUUCGUAAUCAUAAAUCAGCUGCCAAACAAGAUACUGAUCUUUAUCAAUGUAAUAUUUGUUCAUUGAAAUUUAAUGAUUCACUUGCCUAUGUUAAACAUAUGGCUUUCAACCAUGAUCUUUGUUCAUUUCCAUAUCGUUGUCCCCAAUGUGGAUUCCGUUCAAUGGGACGCAAAUCGUUUGUUACUCAUGUGGAAAAGUGUCAUUUUUUGAUUCUAUGUCCAUUUUGUUUACAACCUACCGAUUUACAUUUCAACGCUUUCCGUGAUUCUAGUAAUCGUGAUCCUGAACGAGUAAAAAGAAAUUUAAAGCUCUCUAUCAAUGAUUUGAUGAUACAUCUUGUUCAACAUUUGAAUAUGGCAGAUAAAUUUGCAUGUCACCGUUGUCAAUGUUGUUUCUUAAGCCAAGUAGAUCUCGAUGAUCAUCAACACAAUCAUGAGCUUCAAAAAUUGCCCAAAAAACCUUGGCGACAAAUGGAUUUUUCUGAUGAAUAUCCGAUGAAUCAUUUACCAUCACAUCAAUCUCGUGUGUUUUUUUCAUUACCCAUUCAAAAGACAUCUUCACGUCAUUCGUCAAAAUUACACAACAACAAAACACAUAGUUUAAUGGAUCGACGAAGAACACGUAAUUCGAUUUCAGCCUGUUCAAAGGAUCCAGAAUCCGUUCAGCUUUAUUCACUUGCUGAUCAAUUGAAAACGCAACCAGAUUUAAAACUACCAUUGAUAAUUGAUGCAGUAGAUCGACGAUCAUUAUCGAAUAAGAAACCGACUAAUGAACCCCUUUGCGAUUUUCUCAAUAAUAACAGCCUUUGUUUAUUGCUCUAUAUACGAUAUUUGGCUCGAAAAAAUAAUUUCUUUUUUAAUUCAUCAAAAAUCUACAUCGCUAAUCAUCAUGAAUCAAUCAUGCAACAAGAUGAAAACGAUCAUUGUAAUCCUUUUGAAGUGAUGAAUUUACUGAAAAAUUAUAAAUGUUCAUCAUGUUUUUCAUCAAUUCAAGAUCUUAAUGAACAUUAUACAGCGAAAACAAUUUAUUGUUCAGAUUAUUGUCCAUUCAAUACUAAUUGUUAUCGUGCAUUAUAUUUACAUGUAAAAAGUGUAUAUGAAAAACCACAUUCAAAAAUUUUUGAUUCAAUCGUUUUUUCAAAAUAUUCUGAUCCAAAAUGUAUAGAAGAUUUGGAUCGUACAAAAGUAACACCAAAACAUAUUGAACAAGCAAGAGAAUUUGAUGAAAAUUAUUCAUUAGAAAGAGAAGUAGAAGAGAUAACUAGUGAAUUUCCAAAUGAUCCUUGUCCAUUCUAUAUUAAUGUCUGUAUGCAAUGUGCUACUGUAUUUCGUAAUUUCAAACACGCCGCAUUACAUUGUAUCCAGGUUGGUUUACAGCGCCCAAACCAAAAUUUUAAAUUGGGCCAAGUGAUGAAUUCACCUCAAACACAUGUGAUCUAUCAUCGAAGUUUAAUUCGAGUCUUCCGUUUUAUUAAUGAAGAAGUUCGAGAACAAAUUUUAAAAAAUAAAAUUCAAGCAUAUACGGAUCUCCUAGAACCGAAUCGAAAUUUUAAAAAACAAAAAAUAACCGAUGGAGAAGAUGACUUUGAUAAUAAUGUACCUGGUCCUAGUAAACGGCCUAAAAAUCAAAAUACAAAUAGUCCCACAAAAAAAAUAUAUAUUCCAAGAGAUGAAUCGGAUGAAUCAUUAUCACCGUCUAGCCAUGAUUCAGCUCCAGAGUUGAAUUCCGUAGACCAAAAUGAAAACAGUAAUGAAACAAAAAAACGUAGUAGAAAAUGGCAACAAAAAGAUGAAAAUGACAAACAUAAACGAAAACGUUCAUUGUCAACAUCAUCGUCAUCAUCUUCAAAAAGUCGAGGAAAACCACGACGAAAUUCAACAAAAAAGAAUUGAUCAAUGAUGAAGAUGAUUAAAUUUGAAACUAGCUUGAUGAAAGUUAAAGAUAUCUAAAUCAUUUUUUUUCAUUUAUUCCCAAAAUUCGACUUAUGAAUAAACUUGUCACUGAAAUGAAUGUUUUUUUUUCGUUCUUUUGUACCAUGUUUAUCAUACAGAUGUAAUAAUUUAAUAAAAAAUUGAUUGAUUGUGAUUGA